AUGCGCUCCACAGAAGAUUGGCACCAAACAGCCGUUGUCAAUUAUGGAUUAAAUUCCAUACCCUUUGAAGAAUUUGAUAAAGAGAAAAAAGAAGUGGGUCGAGGUGGCUCUGGAGUUAUAUACUCGUCAAUAUGGAUCCCAACUUCAGAACAGGUGGCAUUAAAGCAAAUAUCUGUUAACCAGGAAAAGGAAGAAACCGUUAGAAAUUUUCUUAAAGAG